AUCCUGGACCGUGGACAUUUUUAUUACAAAGUAAAUCUUGGAUUAUAUGGUCUACGGUGUGGAAAAAUCCGAACACCGUUACUUUACCUAUUAUUUCACUUUGUUCUCUUGCUUCUUCAAUAAUUUUACAAAUUGAUCCAAAUGGUAUAAGAGAAGAUCGUUUAUCAAUAACAAGUUAUAAAUUAAUCAUCGGAUUAAGGUUUGCUUCUUUAUGUUUAUUUUAUGUCAUGUUACAAUUUUUAUGGAUAAAAGCAACCAGAGAGAUAACUAAAUUCGAUACUCACCUAUUACCAUAUAUUCGAAUCAUUUCAAACGUUCAACGCAUAAUCUUACACUUUUCUAUUCUUAUAAUCUUAAUCUCUAUUAUUCUAAAGAUUAUAAAUCAAAUUCUAAAUUUAUCAUCUACAAAUUCACAAUUAUUAAAUUCUUCAAUUAUAUUAGAAAUUAUAUUUGUUGUAAUAAUAAAUCUAGGGUAUUUCAUAUUUGGAAUUAUUAUGAUUUGGGGAUUAGCAGCAAAUCGAGAAGUACAUCAAAGGAUUGGUGAAACUUUGAUUUAUAAAUUUGUUAAUAAAGGAGAUAAAUGGAAAGCUGGAAGGGUUGUUUUAGUAAUGUGUAUUCUAAUGAUAUCAUUUUCAUUCCUAACUCUUUCCGAUCUAUUCUUUUCAAAUUCUAUUCCCACUAUAUCAAAUUUUUGGAAAUCAAGGGUAACAGAAGAUUUAUCAACUUUUAUAACAUUAUUCUCUUUAAUAUUUUUACUUAGAAUUCGAAAAUUUUCUUGGUUAUUGGUAAAACCAAAAUCAUUAUUAUUAACAAAUUUAAAACUUGACAAAAAAAGUGGUAAAGGAGUUUUAUAUUCAUCUAUUGAUGAAGAAGAUGAACGUAUAAAUUCUGCUGCUUAUACUACUCGUAUUGCUGUUAUUCGACCUGAACCUACUUAUAAAAUGAAUCCAAAUAGAAUUGAUGUUACCGGUAAUCUUCAAUUUGGUAAUUAUGAUAUUAGAAAUGAUAAAGGUGAAAAAGUUAUAAAUGAUAGGAAUAAAUUAUUAAAUGUAGAUGAAGCAAUAGAUGAAAAAAAUAUUAUAAGGGAUAAUACAAAAUUAAAACCUUCUGGUAGUAGUAAUGGAAAUGGUGGAAAAAAAUUAGAGUCACUUUUACCUACAGCUAAUGAACACAUUCUGAAAAAGCUUGAAGAAUAUAAAGAUUCUACCGCAUUGCCCAAUAUUUCAUUA